GGGCUGUUCAUCAGUCACAUUCUCGGUGGUGAUCGCAUGUCUGAAAGGCAGGAGAGAUGGAUGAUAUCGAUGCUAUGUUCAGCGACCUGCUGGGAGAGAUGGAUCAUCUCUCUCAGAGUCUAGCAGAAGCCACAGUUUCAUCAGGAGAGGAUGCGGCUCCGCAGGAGAGCUCCUUCUCCAUCGGCUUCAACAACCUGAACGAGUCUCUGAAUGAGCUGGAGGACCAUGAUCUGGAUGAUCUGAUGGCCGAUCUGGAGUCAAAGUCCACCGAUCAACAAUCUUCCACACACAAUGACACCCGCAACCCGACAGGAAAUGAAACCUCACCACCUGCCGUUUAUCAAGAGUCCGAGCCUGUGGUAACCUUUCCUAUGAUCACCACUCAGUCAUCGAGAGCUGUGAAAAUGAACGAGCCCCAAACGAAGGCGGAUAAAAUUAAAGUGGCUCUGGAGAAACUGAAAGAAGCCAAAGUGAGGAAGUUGAUUAUAAAGGUGCUGAUGAGCGACAACAGCUCCAAGACGCUGAUGGUGGACGAGAGGCAGACAGUCAGGGACGUUUUGGACACUCUGUUUGAGAAGACACACUGUGAGAACAGCAUUGAAUGGAGCCUGUGUGAGACCAAUCCAGACCUGCAGACUGAAAGGGCCUUUGAGGAUCACGAGUGUCUCGUGGAGCCGCUGUCGGCUUGGAGUCGGCUCAGCGAAAACAAACUCUACUUCUUGUCAACCCCUCAAAAGUACAUGAUGUUCACAGAGCCUCAGAUUUUUUACAUGUGGAAGAAGAAAUCUAGCGGCGAUAUGAACAGCCAGGCCAAAGAGCUUCUGAUCAAGGAGCAUUUCGGAGGUUCUACCACUAUUGUCCCUAAUCUCGAGGGCGUGUUAUACCUAAAAGAGGAUGGGAAGAAGGUUUGGAAACCUCGCUACUUCAUGCUUAGAGCCUCUGGGAUCUAUUAUGUCCCCAAAGGAAAAACAAAGUCUUCCACUGAUCUCGCCUGUUUUGUUCGCUUCGAAAAAGUCAACGUCUACACCACCAGCAGCUACAAACAGAAAUACCGAGCUCCCACAGACUUCUGUUUCCUGUUAAAGCAUCCCUGCAUCCAGAAGGAGUCUCCCUACAUCAAGAUCCUGUGCUGCGAAGACAAACACACGCUUCUGCUUUGGGUCAACUCCAUCAGAAUAGCAAAGUACGGCGCUGUGCUGUACAAGAACUAUCAAGCUGCGGUGACCAGAGCAUCCAUUCUGCAGAUUCCCUACUCGGCAGCAAACAAAGAGAAAUCCAACAGUGUUACCUCCCUGGAAAGCCCGUACCCAAGUUCAUAAGCUAAUUUCACUGAAACUAAACCAUCACCUGACACCCGACUUCUUCAAUCCUCCUUCUGGACAAGAAUAUCUUUGAGACAAACAAGAACUUCCUUCAGCACAGCAUUUUGCCUGGAGUUUGUAUCACUUUGCAGGUCUCGUUUAUUCACACCUCUGGAUAAGAGGUGGAAGAAAAUGAAGCCUAGAACAGUGGUGUUCGAAUCUUUUCCCAGAAGGGACAAAACCGUCAAGUUACAAACUGUUGGGGGCCACAAAAAUUAUUUCUUUAUAAAUGAAAAUUUUAAAGUCAAGUUUCAUGUGCCUCUUUUUUAUUUUCAUAUGUUCAAUAAUAAAUUAACAUGCAAAAUUUUCUUGAAACAAAAUAGUCAUAUUUUUGUAGAAAAGCGAUCUAUAGAACAUUGUAGACGCGAAACAUAAAAUGGGUUGUGUAUAAUUGUGUUUAUUUAUAGAACAUCAUUACAAUUUCCACAUUUUUAAUAUUAAAUUUGUAGUCUG